AAAAAAAAAAAAGAAAAAGAGGAGCGGCAAAUUCCAGUCAACUUGUGCCAUUCCUGAACUCUCAGAUUCUAAACCCAGCCUGACCAGCUGGCUCACUGGGUGUCUUUGGGCAAGUCACUUUAGAGACCUGUCAUUGUUGGGAGGUGGGCACUUGUGGUGUGUGUUCUCUGCUCUCAUUCUGACUCCAUCGCGCCUCCCGCGAUGCAGGAAACAGACACAGUUCAGGGUGUGCUGCCCGUGGCCACCGGCUGCAGAAGCCCUGGUCUGGUGGGCCUCAGGUCAGGCUCCCCCUGGCUCGGCGAGAGGGGCUGCCGCCCCCCCCCCUUUAUAGGGCUGCAGUGAGGACACUCCUCAUGCUGUUGACCUGUCCUCGGUCCACAGACCGAGGCCUGUGCCUCUAGCCCGAAGGCUUCUGUGACUCGUUCGGGACUCUGAUAGAAGGGCCAGGGUCCUCAUCUGCACCCAGGUGCCUGGACACCCCUAGCUGGUAGGCGUUCCUAUUCUCUCCCGGCCCCUCUUUGCUCCUGCAGGCUUUAGUUUUGUCUGUGAAGUUGGGAGCACCGACCCUCCUCGGGAGCACCUUGGAGCAGAUGCUCUUCUCAGCUGAAGGCCUGAGUGGAAACUUGGAACGGAAACUCUCAAAGCAAAACUACCUUGGCAGCUGACCGUGACUCUGGCUUCCAGGAAGGGGAGCUUUGGUAUGAAGUGCCUCCUAAUGGCUGUGUGGCCCAGCCCGGCUGCGCUCCCCCAGCUUGGGUGACACCUGGCUAACCGGGAGGACAGCUGGGGGCGCAGAGAGGAACACUGGUGCCCACGGUGGGGGCUGGAGCAACGCACCCUCCUGGGACAGUGAGCAAUGCCUGGUGUGAGGCUGGCCUGCCAGGCUGGGUGAGGAUCCUCUUGCUCCAUGGAGACCAGACCAAAGCUGGACCCCAGUCUGAGAGAACAACCAUCCCGAGGGGAAGGACUGGUCGCCGGUCAAGGAGCAGAAGCUCAUGCCACCGUGGCUCUGCCAGAAGGAAACCAGGGGCCGGACCCUCGCCGGGGGCCCAGCUGGCACAGCAUGGAGCGCUCAAGCAAGAUGGAGUUCUUCCAGAAGCUGGGCUACAGCCCGGAGGAUGUGGUCAGGGUGCUGGGCAAACUGGGUGAGGGCGCCCUGGUCAAUGAUGUGCUGCAGGAGCUGAUCCAGACCAGCAGCCGCCCGGGGGCCCAUGAGGGCAGCGCGGCGCCCCUGCUCAUCCCCAGGGGCUCCUGCGCCACCCCGGACUCUGCCCUGCGCAGGCAGGCGGCAGAGCUGGAAGAGGAUUGCGGAGACCCAGCCAGUUCCUUGCGACCCAUAGUGAUCGACGGCAGCAACGUGGCAAUGAGCCAUGGAAAUAAAGAAGCCUUCUCGUGCCGGGGAAUCCAGCUGGCUGUGGACUGGUUCAGGGACAGAGGACACACCUACAUCAAAGUUUUUGUCCCAUCCUGGAGGAAAGACCCACCAAGAUCCGACACCCCUAUUAGAGAGCAGCACGUGCUGGAGGUGCUGGAGAAGCAGGCGGUGCUCGUGUACACCCCGUCCCGCAAGGUGAACGGCAAGCGGGUGGUCUGCUACGACGACCGCUACAUCGUGAAGGUGGCCUACGAGCUGGACGGCGUCAUCGUCUCUAACGACAAUUACCGCGACCUUCAGAGCGAGAACCCCGAGUGGAAGUGGUUCAUCGAGCAGAGGCUGCUCAUGUUCUCCUUCGUCAACGAUCGGUUCAUGCCUCCUGAUGACCCCCUGGGCCGCCGGGGACCCACGCUGAGCAACUUCCUGAGCAGGAAGCCGAAGCCCCCGGAGCCAUCCUGGCAGCACUGCCCCUAUGGCAAGAAAUGCACCUACGGCGUCAAGUGCAAGUUCUACCACCCGGAGAGGCCGCACCUGGCGCCGCUGGCGGUGGCCGACGAGCUUCGCGCGCAAACGCGGGCUUGGCGGGGCGUGGGAGGCGGAGCGGAGGAGCGGCGGCGCAGCGGGCGGGCGGCGGCGGCGGCGACGGCGGCGGCCGGGGCAGGGCAGGGCGGCCCCCGGGGCGCUCCCGCCGCGGCCUGGCUGAGGGCCCCGGAGCCCGGCGCGUGCAGCCUGCCCUCGGCGCGGCCGGCGGCCGACGUGGCGGCGCUCGAAGGCAGCUUCUCGCGGCUCGCCUUCAGCGACGACCCGGGGCUCCUCGGUCCACCCCCCCUGGACGCCGGCCUCACGCCCCGGCCGCGCCGUCCGGACUGGGUGGCGCCGGGGGCCUCGCCGACCCCGGCAGCCCUGCGCGGCCUCCCGAGCCCCCAGGGCCCGCCCGGCCCGCCGGUCCGGCCGCGCGGGGGGCACGGCCCCGGGGCCCAGCACAGUGACCUGCUCCCCCAGCGCCGACGGCCCGCCGACGCGCGCGCCCUCCCACCAGCGGCCGACCGGUUCCCGGGCUGCUCGGCCUGGGCGAAAUGCGGCUGCGGCGACGGCGCCUUCGGGGGACCUUCGGGGCCCCCGCCUCCCUCCGCUCCCGGCAAGGUGGACGCGCGCGCCCGAGCGCGCAUCGCGCUCUGCAGCAUCUUCCCGCCCCACCAGGUGGACAGCGUCAUGGCCCUAUUCCCCGCGCUCUCCGACGUCACCAGGCUCAUCCUGCUCAUCCAGAAAUUCCAAAGGUGUGGUGCGCCUGUGGAAAAAUCCUAAGGAACUCGUCCAAGCCACCGCAAGUGAUGUCCCAGUCUUGCCUUGCCACUUGGGCAGGGAGGGUUGUCAGCCUGCUCCUGGGGCGAGCCACUUUGCAGCCCCCUUUUCUUUAAAGAUGGUCAGGGAAGCCAGCUUCCUCCCCCUCAGCCAGGCCCAUGGUGGCACUUGAUGAUCCUCACUGACCCUGCAGGGCUAGCUGCUGGAGGUCAGUAAGGUUGGCGCCUUCCGUGGAGGGAGUGAUCUCUUAUGUCUGGAAGACUUUGCUCCCAUGAUGGCUCCAAGGGUUUGUCCAGAACAUUCCAUGGCUGUUUUGUCAAGCUGCAGUUGGGAUCCACAAGUGGGUCACAGGAGCAAUUUAAUGGGUCAAACCAGAAAGAGUGGCAUGGGAAAUCUCAGAGCCUACUCCACCUCAUCAAGCUAGGUAUGAAACUCCUGUUUGUUAGCUACCAGUGGGUGCAUCUAUUGACCCUUGGUAGCCAUGGAAACUUGCUGUGGGUCGUGGGCAAAAGUUUGAAAAAUCCUGGUAAAUGGCCUUGAAUUUUAUUGUAUCAAAUCACAUUUGAAAUAUGUAGUCAGUUGAUGGAAGUUUUGGCAUCUGGAAGUUUUCAUAUGAGCUGUUUCUUACCUCAUGAGAGGAACCUAGAAUUGUCCUUGUGCUCUGAGAUUGUGUGGCUGUGCUGGUCUGUGGGGGCGGGGCAGGGGCACGGUGUCCUGAAGGUCUGCCCUUAGGGCCUUCACGCCCUACACACACACACACACACACACACACACACACACACACACACACACACACACACACACACACACUUGACUCAGGGCUAAGCAUCCAUGUUUUUCAGCCGUCCAUCAGGGCAUUUUCCAACACAGCGGCUCUACUGGCUGAGCUUUCUAAGCCACACCUCGCACGUAAGCCAGGGCCCAGUGAGUCAGGACUUGUGCCCAGAAACCUCGAGGUGGGUCAGUGAAGAGCUGAGAUGAGCCUCCAUCAUGGAGGUUUAUUGCCCCCGUCCACCACUGCUGUUUCUUCCACCCAGCUACUGCUUUGAGUUUUCGGGACAAAGGGACCCACCCACUUGCAAUGGGCAAGAAAUGAGACCAUCCUUCCAGAGUGUGGACCCUGCGUCCUCUGGGGGUCCCGUCAUCUCUAGGGGGCAUCCACAUUCACUCCAGGUUACAAGUCCAGCUGUCCAGGUCUUGGCUCAUUUGCUCAUGAGGGCCCUUGGUGGCCGGGCCAUCAGGGAGAGUGUGAGGCACCUCCCAGUGGAAAAUCAGCUCCCAACCCCGCCAAGUUGCCUGCAGACUGGUGAGUGCAAAGGGAAGCUCUUCUCAGCACAUCACUCCACUGUGUGCAUUUUUGGCACAGACCAGGAUGCGCCCCUGGGAGAGUCCGCUUCCAGCCCUCUAAUUCGUGGUAAGUGCUGCAGUAGAGAUAGAGUGAUGUUGUGUCUCCCAGGGACCACGAUCGUCUUUUUAAACCAGCCUCUUAACGUGCUUCAGCCAGAUCUGUUCUUUACCCCUGUUUUUCCAAAGAGGACACUGCACGCACAGUUGUAUCUUACUGUUUUGGGACCUCAGUCCUGAAGAGGGUCCACUCUUUCUAGAUAAAUUGGAUUUCCCUUCUGGUGUUUUUGUUUUUGUUUUUCUUUUCUUUUGGCAAGACAGGCUUUAUGUUAGAGCUGCUUUUGUCUCUCUGAUCUGUCUCCUGAUGUGGUAUCGUUGUACGGGCUGACUUACAGUUGGAAAUGUUUAAACUGCUUCCUUUGAGGACAAGUUUGAGUUUUAGUAAGCUGUAAAGCUAUUUUAUUUGGUUCACUGUGAUUAAGACAAGCACAAAACAAGUGAAGAGACAGCACAUUUCAGUGUAAUCCCCUUUGGAAUCUUUUCCAAAGUCUUGGUAUGUCUUUAUGACACAAAACAUGGACGGACGGGUGAGUGAAAUGUUCCUGGUUGCAUAACUGUUACCAUGAUCCAAAAAUAAAUCACUUUUAUCCACGCCUGGGGCUCUCUAUUGCUAAAUUGCAUAUCAUUUUCUCCCAUGUCGGCUUCUCCCCGUAGGUCAGGUUUUCACAUUAAAUAUUGUGGGUGUGAAGACUGAUGUUAUGGCUGCUUUAUGUGGUCUUACUCCUCUCUUGGGGGUGAGGAGGCUAGAAUUCACCUUUUCCAGGGGCAGCAGUGAGCCCAAGGCGAGGACAUGCCUUUGUUAGAUGCUCAGCAGGCUGUUCCCAAGGACACGGGCUGCUUGUCUGUUUGCUAGACUGUUAAAAUCCUCAUUACAGAACCACAAAGCAAUCGCAUAAAAGCCACUCUUCUUGUGUCAACCUGCACCAGCAUCCUCGAUUGCUCAAACCUGAGGAGCCGGGUGCUGGGCCGUGUUUUUGCUGGUGCAGCUUUCCCAGAAGCCUCUGGAAGGUAGUUUGAGGCAGAACCACAGAAUAUUAGAGGCUAAGGGGGUAGAAGCAAGAAGAGCCAUUCAUGUCCACAUUGUUCCAGAUAAAACAAAGCCCAGCCCUCCAGAUUUUACCUAGAACUCACGUCGGG